AAAGAAGUAGACGGAGCUUCUCAUGCUAGCACAGUUGUGUCCAUGCUAGUAAAGUAGUUCUGUUUUAUUACGAUGGCAAACAGAACUGUUAAAGAUGCUAACAGCAUACAUGGGACUAACCCACAGUAUCUGGUGGAGAAAAUCAUCCGAACUCGAAUCUACGAGUCUAAAUACUGGAAGGAGGAGUGCUUCGGUCUCACCGCUGAGUUGGUUGUCGACAAAGCUAUGGAGUUGAAGUAUGUUGGUGGAGUUUAUGGUGGGAACAUCAAGCCCACUCCCUUCCUCUGUCUCACCCUUAAGAUGCUGCAGAUUCAACCUGAAAAAGACAUAAUCGUCGAGUUCAUUAAGAAUGAAGAUUUCAAGUCAUUUUCUCUUCAUCUCUUUCUUUUUGUUUCAGAGUUUGAGGUGAUGCAUGUGGAUGAGUUCAUUGAUGAGCUUCUUCAUGCAGAAAGGAUGUGUGACAUUAUUCUGCCCAGACUCCAGAAGAGACAAGUCCUGGAGGAGGCUGAGAUGUUGGACCCACGGGUCAGUGCUUUGGAGGAGGACCUGGAUGAAGUAGAAAGCAGUGAGGAAGAGGAUGAGGAAGAAGAAAAGCCAGAGAGACUGCAGACCCCAGAACCCCACAGACGUGGUUACCGUGACAAUGACAGACCUCGUCGAUCUCCAUCACCACGUUACAGACGCAGUCGCUCACCCAGACGGAGGAGCAGAUCUCCAAAGAGGCGAAGCCUGUCGCCUCGAAGAGAUCGCCAUCGGAGCAAGAGCCCCCGCCGACACCGCAGCAGGUCCAGAGACAGACGCCACCGCUCCAAAUCUCCGGGUCACCACAGAAGCCACAGACAUCGCAGCCACUCAAAGUCCCCAGAGAGGAGUUCAAAAAAGAGUCACAAGAAGAGUCGACGAGGAAAUGAGUGAUCUCUCUUCAUUAAAACGUAUUUUGCUUUUUUUAAUCUCCAAACUGUCAAAGAUUCUGUCCAUAAAUUUAGUACAUUUUUUGUAUGGCAUGUAAUUUUAUUUUAUUUUUUUGUUUUGUUUACAUUGGACCAUUGACAUGUCUGCAGUAUACUUUAAAUGUAAAGCUCUGAAGUCUUUCAGCAAAGCAAAUGAGGCUUAAAUUCAAUUCUUUAGUCUCACUCUGUUGGUCAAACCCUCUGACAGACAAAAAUCAAAUAAUACUCCCUGUUUUCAAGUGAUUAUAGCCAUUCCUGGUAACUUUUGCAUCUGUGUAACUAGAAAAAAUGUGUUUCUCGUAAACAGAUUCUGUAUGUUGUGUGUUUCACCCUUGGACACAAUGUUUAUCAAAGAAAUAAAGACCCCGAUUGAUUA